AUGGACACACCCAAUACAGGCGCCUCGGGUCACCCCGAGCCCACGGUGACCCAUACCACUCAGUCUGUUGAGGCUGAGCCUCCAACUUCUCAGCCGAGGACCAGUCUACCGGAAGAGACAGAGCACGCGUACUGGGCGGAGUACGAGGAGGAUACAACUACUCCAGAUGAGGAUGAGAUGAAAGAGAUUGACGGAGGGGACUCGGACUACAGCGCCUCUGAUCACAAGUACUGGGAAAACAACUUCUUCCGAGACUUGGGCGAUCCCGAGUACGUCCCAACCGAAAAAGCCCGUCUCACGUGGACUUUCAAAGGGGUGCGAGGCACCCCGGAAAACCCUAAUCGGCACAAGGUUCUUCGGUCCCCCGCUGCAUUUGUGGGAGGCUAUUGGUGGCGCAUCAAGUUCUACCCUCGGGGAAACAAUGUCAAUGCACUGAGUGUCUAUUUGGAAUGCUCUACCACAAUGCCUACGCCAGACGAGGAUCUUCCACAGAUGGAAUUCACCGUACGCAGAGGUGGGCCUGAUGCCUCACUUGAUGACAAUGCCCCAGAGGUAGAGUCAAAGACUGAUGCCACAAACGAUGCAGCGGCAUGGCUAGAAGGCUACAAGUCUCAGUAUAUGGCUGCCAGGGACGCCACCAACACGGUUGAUGCUCAAGCAUCUGCUCCUUGGCGUGUGCCCGCACAGGUGGGUGUUAUUGUGUACAACCCACAAGAGCCGCGUACUGGAUGGAUGCAAUCAUCUUGUCAUCAAUUCAACCCCCACAAUUUGGAUUGGGGGUGGACUUAUUUCCACGGUCCCUGGGACCAGAUCCACACUCGUCGACGAGGUCAGCACCGCGCUCUGCUCAGCAACGAUACACUCUCCUUUGAUGCAUACAUCAGGGUGGUUGAUGAUCCCACCAAAUCUCUAUGGUGGCACCCAAGUGAUUCGGAGCCCACUUGGGACAGCAUGGCCUUGACAGGGUAUCGACCACUUGGUGACUCAAUCAUCAACCACAGUCCGGAGGUGGCUGGGCUUGCUUCGUGGUUGCAUAUUGCUCCGUUCUGCAAUAUCAUCAAGGGCAUUGAUGUACUCGAGCAUCUCACCAAUUCACAGGCAAAGCCCAAACCGUUAUGUGGUGCUCUCCAGCGGCUGCUAUGGCAACUUCGCCGACGGACUCAUUCCCCAAGCUAUGUAGAUACCGACGCAGUGACCACGACCUUACGCAAUCUACAUGAAUUCUCAAGCGAUGUGUCCGAGUUUUGGGAACGCCUGCGUCGCACGUUGGAAGUCGAGCUUGAUGGAACCGAUGCUGGCAAGAAGUUUGCCGAUCUGUUUGACAGUCCGACAGUGGACUCUCAAGCAUCCGAUGGCGAGCCCAUUGUAAACAAGCUGCCUACUGACUUCAACUCGCGUCUUUACAUGCGAAUUGACCAGACCAAAUCCAUCUCGGAAGCCGUUACCACCUAUCUGGGUACUAAAUCCGGCCGUUGGUCACUUCCACCGGUUUUGCAUGUUGAGAUUGGCCGCCAUACAUUGGACAAAGCCAACCGGUGGCAGCUGCGAUAUGACAAGGUUCAACUGGAUGAGGAGUUGGACCUCACUCCUUGGGUGGUCGAUGGUCAGGGAAGCAAGUAUGUUCUGUAUGGAUAUAUCGUUCACCGUGGCCGUCGCACUUCGGGCAAAUUCUUCAGCAUCCUCCGCCCGGCCGGUCCGGGCACCACAUGGCUCGCUUUCGAUGACGGCAGUGAUAAUCGUGUUGAGUGCCUGACUCAGAAAACCGCCAUGGGUCCCCACCUUGGUCUUGAUCCUUCUCAAACCGUCGAUCCCAAGAAGGGACACGACAUACCAGUGAUGGCAAUGUACAUUCGCGGUGAUAUGGUCUCUGAGCUGUUACCCGGUUCGCAAGAACCCUGGGAAACCUCUGAAUCUUUGAAGCAAUACUAUGAGACAGGUGUCUCUCCUAUCAGCGAGCAGCCUGCAGAUGAUGUCCAAGUCGAGAUCUAUUCGCUCCCUCAGUAUGAUGAGCUGACCAGUCUGUUUGACCCAUAUGAUCUUAUGGCUCAGGCCAAAGCAGCAGACAGUGUCAUGUAUAUGGCUUUGCCCCGUUCAUCGCCAUUGGCUGAACUACGCAAAAGGAUUGCUUCACGAAAGUCUUCAGAUACAGAGCGAAUCAAUCCCGAGCGUAUUCGGUUCUGGCAAAUGGGCAAUUCGUCUGCCCAGACUGGGCCAUCGCUGACCUUUGAUCAUGCAACCGAUCUCAAUACUCCAUUGGACCCUUCUUUGAAUAACAUCAGAUUUUGGAUGGAGGUCAUAUCAGAAGAGGACGCUCAAUUCUUCGCGAUUCCAGAGCCUCCUGCAGCUAUUACCUCAGAGGAUAAAAUUGAAGAUCAUCUCGUCCAGGCCUCAGAACCUGAAACAGUGGGAAAUGCGUCUUCGUCCGUGGUGGAGGGGGAUGCCGUUGCCAGCUCUUCUGGAAACGUCCCCCAGGAAAUCACUGCCCUUCCCAACACUUCAAACCUGGAAAAUAGCGAUGGUAUCCACGAUUCAUCUCAGCCAACUGUUGUCUCAGAAGAAAACGGUGCAACUGUCACUGUGAGAGAGAAUGGAGUGGAUGGUCAGCGUGUGGCAUUUACGGAGGCCACAAGCUCCGCUCCUAUUACCUCUCCUGAGGUUAGAGCAUCCACAGCAACCGCAGUUCGAUCUCACGUUGAGCCUGAGGUCGAGUUGCCCAUCUCACACGCAUACUAUUUCAUUCAGAUGUUUGAUACAGAUAGUCAAGUUCUCAGAACCGUGGGGUCAUUCUUCUCUAGGCUCGAUGCCAACGUCAAAGCCUCCAUUCGACGUCAUCUCAAGCGGUCUAUUCGACAAGACUUCCUGAUGUGGAAGCGAGUUGAUGGUGCCACGGUCACUACAGUGUCACCAGCCGAUAGCUUUGAUGAUGUGAUGGCUCCACACGGCGCUUGCUUCAUCGUUGGAGACAAGCUCACGAAGGACAGGCGCUCUCAACUUGCAUUAUCCGGCUCAUUCACCAGUCCUGAUCGUCUCGUCCAGUAUCUGUGGGCCCAUUCGCGCGGCCAUCCAAUUCACGGUUUCACCGGUAACAAGACCAUUGAGGCCACAUUCACUCAAGACUACUACAGCGGUGACUUCAUGAAGGGUCAUCAGCAUGGCAAAGGAACACACAUAUCCAGCACCGGUAUGGUCUACGAGGGUGACUUUGUCUUUGGUCGACGCCAUGGUCAAGGCAAACUGGUCUAUCCCACGGGUGAUUCGUACGACGGUGACUGGGUUGAAGAUGUCUGCCAUGGACAGGGCACAUAUAUUGAGAGCACCACGGGUAAUAAGUAUGUUGGCGGAUUCAAGGACGGCAAACGUCAUGGUAAGGGAAUCAGCUACUGGGAGGUAGCGGACGCAGAGCUCGACCUGUGUCAAAUCUGUUACACUGAAGAAAUGGAUGCUGUCUUUGCAGAGUGUGGCCAUCUUUGUUCAUGUGUGACUUGCGCCAACCUUGUGGGCCUGUGUCCAAUGUGCCGCAAAGAAGUCAAAAAGGUGAUUAAGAUCUAUCGGGCAUAG